AUGCAUGCUAAUGAGGCUCUCUACAUGACAGGGGCUGAAUGGUACAUAGGUACUCGGGCCAGACCCUCCGAAGCAUCUCAGAAAGUCUUCACCAUCGACAAUCCCGUGACCUCCAAGAACUGGCCACCUAAUGUCAAACAAGAGCCCAUUACUCCAGAGUAUUGUAAAACAUUGAUGGAGCACUUGAAGCUGAAGGAGAUCAAUGAGAUGAAGAAGAAACGAACCUUCACAAUGCCUAGGAUGAACCUCGGAGAUUUGGUAGAAGUUCGGUAUGAGAUAAGUCGAAGCAAGAAAACGUUUGGGACCUUUCAGGGUUACGUCAUACGAACGGCUAAUAAGCUGCUAGACAGUACUUUCACACUGAAGAACUCUUAUGAUGGCAUCACAGUGGAGCAAACAAUAUCAGAUACCAAUGGUGGUACUAUAAGCGCCAUAUGUACUCGGAAGGAUACCAAGUUCGAUGGCAAGCUAUACCUCAGAAAUUCGGUACUUCUUGGGCCGUAA